AUGGCAUCGCGAAACCCACCUCCGUGGACCGCUGACCAGCGGCUAGGACAUCAGCAAUCCGUUCCAGCAAAACGGUCUGCCGACUCUCGGUAUCAACAAGAACACCGGUCGAAACGGUCCGCCACCGCAACCACCAACCAACAAGAGGAAGCAUGGGUCGCCGACGAGGAUCGCUUCGUGCUUCAGCAGGCGAAGAAAAAGGCCGCCCUACGAGUAAAGGGAGGGCGCGCAAAGCCGAUUGACUGGCUCGCUGUCACGCUUCGCUUCGUCGAUCCCACCAAGACGCUCCUUGAUGAGGAAGUGGAGGACCACGAACUAGAUGUUGUUGAUCCUGUCGGUGUGUUUGAGGGACUCGGGGAAGAGGAGUUGUCGGAUCUCGAGAAAGACAUCGAACAGUACCUUGCCCUCGAAACGAAUCGCAGCAACAGGGAAUAUUGGAGUGCUUUAAAACUUGUGUGCAAAGAUCGCCGCAGGAAAUUCAGAAAUUCAAGUGCCGAAGCGCGCGGCACAAGCUCCGUUUCCGCCGAUAUCGAUCGAUUGCUUGCACCCAAGUCAUACGAGGAACUCGAGAGGCUCGAAGGCCAAGUAAAAAGCAAGCUGGAUUCCGACGAACCCAUAGAUUACGAUUAUUGGGAACAACUUUUGCGGAAUCUCCGUGUCUGGAAGGCGAAGGCAAAGCUUCAGAAAGUCUCUCAGGAAGUGGUCGGCGAACGUCUUCAGACGCUCCGUAAACAGCAGGAGGAGGCCGCUGUUGCCAUACAAGAGAAGUUCAAGGCAGCUCUUGGCGAUGUCAAGGUGCCCACAUCUGUGGAAUACGAUGCGUCAUUAGAUCCUGACCCUGCUCUGAGACUGCGACCUGAGGAAAAGGCGCUGGAACUCGUUGACGACAAGGUCUUCCUUGAGAAAAUAGCGGAGGGCCGCCGGAAAGUCAUCAAAUUGGGCUUUGUUCCACCGCACAGAAAGGGACCCGCCAGUGCUUCAACGGCCUCGCAGGCUCACAUCAAUCGCUCAGCGGACAACGGCUUAUCAAGGUUCGCGUCAAUCGACAACGAGGACUCCUCGGCUGCUGGGAAGGCUCUAUACGAAAGAGAAGUGGCACGUGGAGUGGAAGAAGGCGAAGAGAUCUUUACUGGCGAGGAGGAGCUCACGACGGAACGGCCACAAUGGGCCAGCCAAUACAAGCCUAGGAAGCCGAGGUAUUUCAACCGGGUACAAAUGGGUUACGAGUGGAAUAAGUACAAUCAGACCCACUACGAUCAUGAUAAUCCCCCACCCAAGGUCGUUCAAGGUUACAAGUUCAACAUCUUUUACCCGGAUCUGAUCGACAAGACCAAGGCGCCGACGUACAAGAUCGAACGGGAGAAUGGAAGAAAACGCGGGCAGUCCUUUGCACCUGCUGGGGAAGACGAUACGUGCUUGAUCCGAUUCAUUGCGGGGCCGCCGUAUGAGGACAUAGCUUUCCGUAUAGUGGAUAAAGAGUGGGAUUACAGCGCAAAACGCGAGCGUGGCUUCAAGAGCAGCUUUGACAAGGGCAUCCUGCAGCUGCAUUUCCAGUUCAAAAAGAUAUACUAUCGGAAGUGA